AUGGAGAAAGGCGAGUCAGCUAGUUCUGGAAAAGAAGAGGUGGAGUCUGGAAUUGAGCUCCACGUGAAUGUUGCUGCGCCACGUCAUCACCAUGGUGGCACCAGUGCUGACGUGGAGGCAGAGGACAUGGAUCCGGAGUCGCCCUCUCUCAUGAGCUACAUGCCCAUGGACCUACUGGAAGAUGACAGCCAUGAUGCUGCUGCUGCUGCUGGAGAAUUGGACGGCUCAGAUCAAGGAAAAUCUUGCAGCGACAACGAUGGAGAUGUGGAGGAAGGACCAGGGCUAGGGAUUGUUCCUGUGUUGGGGUUUGACAGUGGCGAUUUCGAUGGUCUCAGUGGGCGUGGCAGGAUCUUGGGUGCGGGGUAUGGCGAGGAUGGGUGCAAGCUGCACGUGUCACGGAGAGCAGAUGCUGGUGGUGGUGAAGGCGCAGCAGCAUCUCUUGCCUUUGGCUUAUCAGGAGUGGGAGGUCUGAUGGUUACAGGAGGUGAUGAUUUGCCCCAGCCUUUGGGCAGAGCUGGUGGUGCUGCUACUGGGAAGGGCCUGGGGAUGGCAGUGCCGGCUGAGCAGGGAGAAGGGUGGGGGCUUUUGGGGAAGCGGCACGCGGAUAUGAUUGCAGAUGCUGCUGCUGAUGCCGGCGCUGUUGGCGGUGGUGAGGGGUGUGGAUGGGGUGAUGCGGCUGGUGCGUUAGGGCUACAGGAGAGGAUUUGGAGCUCGUUCGGCCUGCAGAGUUGCAGCAACCUGAGGAGGGCCAAAGGCGACCAGCAGCUGCCCCAGCCGCAGCAGCAGGCGCAGCAGCAGCAAUUUCAGGCGCCCAUGGGGUGGGAAGUGCCAGUGGAGGAAGGGAGGUUCUGCAUCAGGUGCAAAGGAUCUGCGGAGAAGCUCAGGCAUGAGAUCAAGGACCUGAAGCUCACACAGAGAGCACUGGAGGCGGAGUUGGUGUGGGCCAUGGAGGGGAAGCUCAAGGCGGAGCAGGCAGUGGCGGAGAUGGGUCAUGCGAGGAAUGAUUUCCCUUUGCAGCGCAAGGUGCUGGAGGGCGUUGACUGGGGAGGCAUCAUGGAUUCAUCAACGGAUACCUCUAGGGCAAAACGGCAGGGGCAAGAGGCAUGGCAGCGAGAGCAGGUGGGGGGGGAGAAGGAGCAGCAGCGGCUGGCAGAGCUGGAGCGAUACGUGGAGCGCAUAUCAGCACAGUUCCAGGGGCUGUUGGGAAGCUACAACUCCGUUGCCAGCCAGUUGCAGCAGGCACACGCAGAGACGUCUCAACUGCGAGCAGACGCGCUCCAGCUGAGAGCAGCAAAUAUGGAGCUGCUGCGCCGAGGCCCGAUCCGAGACUCUUCGCCCAGCAUGGCCGGCGUCCCCGGCAUGCCUGGCAUGCCUGGCAUGCCUGUCAUAGCUGCACCUGUGCCUCACAGCCCACUUGGUGGCACAGCAGGGGCGCCUGCAGCACCGGGGCGGUCACUGCUGCUUUCCUCGUCACCAUUGGCAGUAGGCACCAGGCUGCAGCAACAGCAGCAGCAGCAGCAGCAGCAGCAGCAAGGGCAAAGUGCAGUCAUGCCUUGCUGGUCACCACUGGCUGAGCGAUCACUUCAAGGAAAAGCUCUCACUCAAGGCCUACCCGCAGUGAGCACACGACAGGCAGCACUACCACACACCGGCCUUGGUAGUGCAAGGCAUGGGGGUGUGGUGUCUGCUGCUGACGACCUGGUCACCACUGAGGAGAGAAUCAAAUCGCUCCUGGCUGAGGUGCAGAGGGGUCCUGCUGCUGCUGCUGCUGCUGCUGCUGCUCCGCAUGUUGCGGAAUCUGGGAAGGCAAAGCAGAGUGAGCAGCAGGAGAAGGAGCGGAUGGGUGUUGAGGAGGAGCAGGAGGAGGGAGGAGAGGUUGAGAUGCAAAGGGGUGAUGGUGAUUCUGGUGGUGAUGGUGCUACAAGCAAAGCAGUUGCCACGGCUGCUGCUGCUCAUGGUGGCGUUGGUGCUCAUGGUGGUGAUGAUGGAGGUGGGGUCGGAGGGGCCAUUCUUGAAAAGCUUUCUGAACCCAACACUCUCUUGCUGCCUGGCCGGGCUGUUCUGCAAGCAUGCUCCCUUGCACCUGCCGCCGCCGCCGCCACCGCCGCCGCUGCUGCCGCUGCUUCUGUUGCAGCAGCAGCAACAAGUGACUUUGCUGUCAAGGCUCCUGGUUCUCCCCUCACGCCGACUACGGUACCAGUUAUGCAGCGCACAAAGCAUGCUGUCCCAGCAACACCAGAGACGCUCCACACACGCCCUGCUGAAGCCACAGCCUCACAAGACGUUUCCAUGACAUGUGCUGAAACGACUACAUUGGAGACAGCAGGAUCGGGAGGGAUAGAUUCAACGGGUAGUCCUGCUGAGGUGUUCAGGAGGCCUACGUGGGAGUCCCAGCCAGACGAGAAGAUGCAUGACGUGGAGCCACGUCAGCCUGCUGUUGAUGCACGUCAGUUACUUACCAAGGAAGCUUCUGGUGGGCUCGUCGAAGCCCGCCGUAUCCCACUCACGCCCGCCCAGGCCUUCUCCUCGUGUCCCACUCCCAUCUCUCCACCACCUCGUACCUUUGCCGCUGCUGUCUCGCCUCCUGUUCCGUCUGGUACUGGUGCUAAAUCAUCAGAGGCUGCUACAACUGCCGCUGCAGUAGCCAGUGCUUCAGGUGCUGCUGAAGCAGGCUCCACUGCCCCUGCGACUGCUCCCAUCAGCCCUGCGACUGCUCACACAGGCUCUGCAACUGCUGGUGGUGCUGCUGCACGUGCAAGGCCAUGGAACAACAGCAGGAGCGACAUCGGAGGAAGGCCUCUCGAUCUCGACACACCAAUGGCCGACAUCAAGGAAUCACGAGAGAGAGAACGGAAACUCCUGCCUCAAGGGAAAAUCUCUCCACCUGUGCAUUCCGAGGCUAUGCCAGGUAUCACACCCGGGGUACUAGCCCCGGGUUCCCUGAAUCGCCCUUCUCCUCAGCAGCCCUCAAGUCUUGCCUCUGACUCCAUCUCGCCUCGCCUUGCCCCUGAAAUGUCUCCCAAGUCUGCUACGUCCCUGCAUGCCCGUGCUUCCAAGCCCGUCCCGGACGCUCCCUCAAGGCUGAGAGCUGGUAAGCCUGGCAACUCCACACCAAAUAAUGCGCCGACCUCCAUCCACUCGCCUGUGGUGCCGCCUUCUUUGCCCUCCAUUGCACCUAAGCUAGUGGAGGGGAUAGUGACUUCUAUUGUGUCUGAAGGCACGGCUCUGCUGCCUGUGGGGCGUGCUGAAGCCCUUGCUGCUACUGCUCAGCCGCUGCCUCUUCCCCUCCCUAAAAGCAUCUCUGUUAGAGCUAACCAGCUGCCUGCUGGCGCUGCGGUUUCUGCCCUGGCGACGAGGGAACGAGGGGUAGCAGGAGAGGGCGUGGGGAGAGGUGCAGGCGGAAAAGCGGCUUCGCCAUCUGCAUCAGCAUCUGCUGCUGCCUUGAGUAGCAGCAGCAGCAGGAAGAGAGGUGUGUCGGGUACUGCAGCAGUCGAGGGUGCAGCAUUAGCCGCGGCGGGGAAGCCAGCGACUUCUGGUGGCAGUGCACAGGCGAGGGAAAGAGGCACGGAGGAGCGGCAGGCAGGAGGAGGAGUGAGAGACACGAGUGCAGCAGCUGGAACACUGAAGGGUAGAGUUGAGGGUACAGGCACGAGACUGGGGUCGCCGGGAGCAUUCCCCUCAAGGGAAGGUGUUGCCACGAGCGGCAGUGGCAGGAUGGUGACUGUGGGCGGUGAAGGAAGCUUGCGGCCUCAUCGAGGCGUGCCCUCCCCUGCUGCCUCUGCCUCUGCUGGUGCUGCGGCAAAGGGGAGCGUAUUUUCCCGCUUGGGUGGUGGUACAGGAGGAGGGGGGGGGGGAGGUGCAGGUGCAGGGGGAGUAAGGCGUGAGGAGACAACGGGUAGCCGUGCAUGGGUGGAUGGUGAGCCGGAUACAGGUGUGAUGUCUCGCAGCCGGCGCAGGGAGCGGAGGGUGGAGGAGAACCAUUCGUUGGAGUCUCGACUCAGUGCAAGUGGAGCUGCUACCUCCAGCGAGCGAGGCAGGGGGAGGGAUGGUGUGAAGGAGAGGAGCGAAGGUGCCACGUCAGGCAUGGGUGGAGGAGGAGGGACAGCGGCUGCGGCUGCUGCGGCAGCAGCGGCGGCAGCAGCUGCGGCCUUGGAUGUGUAUGAUCAGGGGACAUACAAGACAGAGCUUUGCAACAAGUGGGAGCAGACGGGUAAUUGUCCCUACGGCAACAGAUGCCAGUUCGCCCAUGGAGUGGAGGAAAUGCGACCUAUUCUGCGGCAUCCGCGUUACAAGACGGAACUAUGUCGCAUGAUUGCUUCGGGGAAGCAAUGCCCAUAUGGCCAUCGAUGCCAUUUCAGGCACGCAAUGACACAAGAAGAGCGUGCUUUCCUUUACAUGUUCUGA